UUGAAAAGACAAAGUCAAAAGAUACAAACAAUUCUCCUUCAUUAUAGAUCCUGUGGUCUCUGGGUCUUUGAUUUAUGGGAGAUAUGCAGGAAGAUUAUGAUAUCAAACCCAGUUUUACACAGAUCAUCGUAGCCUCUUCUAUUGGGAUGAUGUUUGUCGUGGUCUUUCAUUUUCGUCUGAAACAAAUUAGAGAUCGAAAGAUCAUCCCACGUAUAAGAUUAUCACGCGCAGGCCACGUCCCAAAGCUUGAAAGGUUCUCCCAUUACGUAGCUAGGCAAAUGGGGUUCAAAGAUAGAAGAAAUUGUCCUCAUCUAUGUAGAUUGGCUUCUGAAUACAUAAGGAAAUACGACGGAUUUGAGGACGAUAUAUACGCCUUCUUUGAGAACGAACCAGAUGCAGAUUCACUUUAUGUGAAGCUGGUAGAGGAGUUUGAGAGAUGCAUUCUUAGUUACUUUGGAUUCCAUUGGAACUAUGGUGAUAUAAUUAUGAGUCAGGUGUUGAACUCGGAAAAUGAGCCAAAAAAGAAGCUCAAGCACAUAGUUAUGGCAGCAACUAGGGAACAAAGGUUCGAGAGACUUGCGAAGAAUCUGAAGGUGGCUAGAGUAUUUAAUACAUUAGUAGAAGAGAUGAAAGCAAUGGGAAUUGCUACAGGUGAUGACUCUCAAUGUACAGAGGUGAUGGCGCCAGUAGCUCAUAGCGAUAGGAGCCCAGUGCUCCUCCUAAUGGGUGGGGGUAUGGGAGCUGGCAAGAGCACUGUGCUCAAGGAUAUUCUCAAAGAACCUUUCUGGGCAGGAGCUGCAGGAAAUGCCGUAAUCAUUGAGGCAGAUGCAUUCAAAGAAUCAGAUGUCAUCUAUAAGGCCCUUAGUUCAAGAGGUCACCAUGACAUGAUUCAAACAGCAGAACUGGUGCACCAAUCAUCCACAGAUGCGGCCUCAUCCCUCCUUGUAACAGCAUUAAACGAGGGACGAGAUGUUAUUAUGGAUGGUACACUCUCUUGGGUGCCAUUUGUUGUGCAGACAAUAACAAUGGCAAGGAAUGUUCACCGUCGCCGUUACCGCAUGGGAGCAGGCUAUAGGGUGAAGGAUGAUGGAACUGUAAUUGAAAAUUAUUGGGAAAGAAUUGAAGGCGAAGAACCUGAACAAGAUGGAGGCAAAAAGAGAAAACCAUAUAGGAUAGAGCUGGUUGGUGUAGUAUGUGAUGCUUAUCUUGCGGUUGUUAGAGGCAUAAGGAGAGCUAUCAUGUGCAGAAGAGCAGUGAGAGUACAGUCACAGUUGAAAUCCCACAGGAGAUUUGCUGAGGCAUUUAUGACUUACUGUCAACUAGUGGAUAAUGCACGGCUAUACUUCACAAACGCAUUGGAAGGCCCUGCCAAGUUGAUAGGAUGGAAAGAUAGAGACAAGACACUGCUUGUUGAUCCAGAUGAAUUCGACUGUUUGAAGAGGCUUGCCAAGUUGAAUGAAAAUGCAAACUCCAUUUAUGAACUUUACAAGCAUCCCAACCCAGCUUGUGAAGCUGGAUCCGUAUGGAAAGACAUUGUAUUAUCUCCUUCAAGGUUGAACAUCCAACAGGAGCUCAAGUAUUCAAUCCAAAAAAUCGAAAGCGUGAAAUAUAACUUCACCGUGGAGAACAGAUGAAAUACUUCAACCUUCGGCUUUCAGUUGAGGAUCCUGAGAGGAACAACCUAGAAUAGGCAAGGAAAGCAAGUUGCUAAAAUUGGUAACCGAGAAGACUUGGUUUUUUUGUAACGUUAAUUACUUACAUGUAUAACCAAACCACAUUUAUAGUCUUAAUCUUACAGGAAAUUGAGAACACAGACAUUUCCUAAGAUGCAGUUAGUAUAUAUCCGAACACAACUUAAUAUAAAAAAGGGUUAACCAAAAACCCUUUUGAGAGAAAGUCCUUUAUACUUGUGAAUGAAGAUUCUUCCUGCGGUAAAUAUAUCCAUCAAAUUUUCACAGGCAAACCUAAUCCAAACAUCGUCAGCCCAUUGAACCAUUUUGACAUUCUUACUCGAGGUUCAUUCCUCUAAACUCUCAAGUGAAAGACUACGCAUGUCCCUAUUUUUAACUUGACAGCAUUUUUAUUUUAUUGUUGCUUUAGCUUUCCCCAGAUUACUUGUCUAAUUUCCCUUGAAAUUAUAUAUAUUAUUUGGAGAAAUAAUGGAGAAUAGUCGGCUGCGAAACACUGAA